GUUGGUCGUCUCCCAAAUAUUUAAAAAUUAAUCGGGAGCGUUGGUCCUGUGGCACCUCGUUCGUGUGGAAGCAGAAGCGCCGUAAUCAGCUGCGGAAAUCGGUCCGUCCAUCAAAGGAUCGAAAGGAAGAUGGGAUGGGGUCGGGGACCGUCGUUGACGACGAAGAAGAGGCAGUUGGGUUCGCCGUAGUCGCUGCCACCAAUGUAGUAUUCGAGCCGCUCAAGGUUAUGGUCUUGCCUUCUUCUCCUUUUAGGCGACAAUCCGUGCUAGCUUCCUUGAUAUUCUUAUCCGAACGAGUGCGUCCUCGGCGGGAACCCUGGGAAUCAGAGGGAAUUAAGUCCAUCAUCUGCAAGGGCAAGCGUGCACGGAUAGAAUGGAUCGACGGUGGAUAAAGUUUAUUAAAGGGAAUAUAACAACAGAGGAAAUUUAAUCUCGUUCCGUCUUCUCCUCGUCCUCCACUUUACGGACGGUCUCUCGACGGGCCCCCUCACACUCUCCGACGGCGGUCACUAAAACAAAACCGUUCUGAACAUCAAUCACUCAAAAUGUACAGGAAGAUCAUAGCAAGGGCACAUUAAAACAACAGGGUCAGUACGUCCUCUGCAUGCUGAUAAACAAAUUGCACUUAAUCCAGGUUCCUGGCGAAUUUCAAUGCGUGAAAAAAUAUUCCAAAAAUGCACAAAGUAAUUCUGUACGUACGGUUCCAGUAUCAAUGUCAGAGACUGUAACUGUGGAAUGGUAACCAAGUCAAAAUUGUCCCCGUUGGAGCGCAGAAUAAUUCCGUCGUGCUCAGUUGGGCUCAGUUAUUACUGUUAUUACUGCAGCAUACUGCCUGCCAGACCCGUGCAAUAAAGACUGUAUCAAUUAAAGCAAAACAUUUCAAUUCCCACGAAUUCGGUGAUUGGCCGACAUCGCGGAUACUGCAAAGGAAUCAGCAUGCACAUGAAUGCACCACGAACUGACUAAGCAACUUUCUUGCGCAGUCAAGAUAUAAACGAGGGAAUUUUUUGGAACCUUUACGAUAAAUGAGGAUGAAAAUGCUCAUUAACCGCUUGCAAAAGAGAUGAUUAAAAAUAUCUCUGGGGAACCUACGAUAGAAGAAUAAAAAUAAAGUCAAAAAUAGCCAGCGAAAUCUUAAAAUUAAAACAAAAAACUACGCAAAAAUGCGAAGUGUUAUAGCCGGUUUUUACUAAACUGACUUCCAGGCGGAGAAAACAACUUGGAGUAAGUGGGCGUUCCGGUCGCAGAUAGGUAAGUUUAUACAUUGCCUGUUAUGUCAUGAUUUCGCAUUGCUAUUCUCUUGAGCCUUAGCGUGAUAAAGUUGGGCCAUUUUUGUUUUAUCGCUACGGCUAAAUUGAUUAAUUCGUCAACUGUAACUGGCCAUUGGUCUGAACACAUUACAACAUUUUCUAUAGUCAUUAUAAUGGCCAAUUACGUACAUAGGGAAAUGUAUUUGCUUUCUGUGGGUAACCGGUUUUAGUGCUCUUAUGUAAGUUUAGGUUGUUGUCCUCAGGUUGGAUUUUGUGAGUUACCGACAGCUUGUGAAAGGUGAUAUGUCCGUUUUUGGCCUUUGUAAUUAUCAACGCUGAGUCCAAGCGUGGUUCAAUUCUCUUGGCUGGGAUAGAAUGGACGAGAUAAGCACUCACGUGACUGUUUGUAAAGUCGAGAAAACUGCUGUUGGACAAAUUGAUCGUUUGUUUGCUAUACAUGCUGUAGCUCAAGUUCGUUUCAUCACUGUUUUUCGUUUCGGCAAUAAGGUGACUAAUGGGACAUGCCAUCCUUCUCGGUUAUAUUUGUUCAGUUGCUGAAGCUUGUCUAUGUCAAAAGUUUUAACUUUACCACUGUGGCAGAUUAACAUAGUACAAGUAUGGCUGUAACGAAGUGCGACAAGUGAAGUGCACCUAAUUUCCGUGUCUUAAACCUAGGUGAACCAGAAGUCGAUAGGGCUUCAGGACGCAAAGAAGAUACAAUAACUGCGCUGAGACCUCAGCACAUUUAUACACCUUAA